CUUCAGAGCGUAGAGUAAUCACAGAGCUCGCGUCGUUGUUAAAUUCACGGUUAACCGUUCAUCAUAAUCAUAAACCACAGAUCUGUAGCUGGUUUUAUAAAAUAAUAAGGAAAAAUUUUUUAGCCGAACUGUAAGAUGCUAAAUUCAUAUAAAUUUUGGGCAUUAUCACAGCAAAGCCGUGUUGUUGAUAUAUAAAUGGCUAAUUAUUGUUAAUAGUAAGUGACUUAAGUGAUAUAAAAGUAAAAAAAAAAAUAACUCGUGUUGUAUACGACAGAUUAUAUAUUUGCUUUAUAUUGAUACUUUUUUUCAACAAGAAUCAUAGACCGUGCGGUGUCUAUGCAUAACUUAAGAAUUUGGACGGUGUUCUAAAUCACUAGUGGUCUUGAUUAGAUAAUAAUAAGGUAAUAAACCAGCAGACACAAUGUCAGAGAUAGUUUAUCCAUCGGCUUGUAGGCCAGUUACUGAAGAUUUAGGUGCUGAUGAAUUAAUUAGACGAUUAAAGACACUUGCUCACACUCUACAAGCGAUGGGCCAGGAUGAGGGGGCGUACCAGCAGUACAUUCCUCUUGCUCUCCACUUGGCCGACGAAUACUUCCUUCAGCACCCGAGCAAAGACGUCCAAUUGUUAAUUGCAUGCUGCAUAGCUGACGUUCUGAGAGUUUACGCGCCAGAAGCGCCGUACAAAGAUGCUGAUCAAGUCAAGGGAAUUUUCUUGUUCCUGAUCAAGCAGCUAGCCGGUCUCAAGGACCCAAAAGACCCCGCGUUCAAGAGAUACUUUUAUUUGUUAGAAAAUUUGGCGUACGUCAAAUCUUUCAACAUGUGCUUUGAGUUGGAGGACUGCCAGGAAAUAUUUUGCACACUCUUCUCUCUUAUGUUUCGAAUAGUGAAUGACGAGCAUUCUGGUAAAGUUAAGAGUUUCAUGCUAGAAGUCCUUUGUCCAUUGAUCACAGAGUCUGACACCGUCAGUAAUGAGCUACUGGAUAUUAUUCUUAUAAAUGUUGUCGAGCCAAAUAAAACACAGAAGAAAAAUGCCUAUUGUCUUGCUAAAGAAUUGAUUAUUAAGUGUAGCGAGACAUUAGAACCAUAUAUACAAGCGUUUUUCAACCACGUGUUAAUCCUCGGCAAAGAAGAAAAAGAAUUGCAGAUAUGUAAAAAAGUAUACGACUUAAUCUACGAGUUGAAUCAUAUCUGUCCAGCAGUCCUGAUCUCAGUUCUUCCACAACUGGAAUGUAAAUUAAAAUCAUCAUCUGAAACAGAGCGUCUGAAUGCAGUAGCACUUUUGGCGCGUAUGUUCUCAGAAAAAGGUUCUCAAUUAGCGUCUCAACAUACGUCACUGUGGCGCGCGUUUUUGGGAAGAUUUAAUGACAUAAGCGUUGCUAUUAGAAUAAAAUGCGUCCAAUACUCAAUGCACUUUCUUUUAAAUCACCCAGAGUUGCGUAAAGACAUAACAGAGACUCUGAAACUUCGGCAGCACGAUGCUGAUGAAAACGUGAGGUACGAAGUGGUGAUGGCGAUUGUGUCAACAGCUAAACGAGACUUUGAAGUUGUUUCUGACAGUGAAGACCUGCUCGAGUUUGUAAAAGAAAGAACUUUGGACAAAAAGUUCAAGAUCAGGAAAGAAGCGAUGUCUGGACUUGCGAUGAUCUACCGAAAACAUUUAAAUGACGCUGACGUUCCUCAAGCUACUAAAAAAGCAGUUACUUGGAUAAAGGAUAAAAUUUUACACGGCUACUACAUGACCGGGAUGGAGGACAGAUUGUUAGUCGAAAGACUUUUGAACACUUGCCUUGUACCUUAUCAGCUUCCUGCAGAAGAAAGGAUGAAGAAGCUGUACCAUCUUCUGGGUACAAUUGACGACCACGCGUCCAAGGCUUUUGUAGAAUUGCAAAAGCACCAGCUUGCCGUACGAAGAGCCGUCGGAGAGUGGCUAGAGAUUGUGAAGAAAGCGGACGCGAGCAAUGAGUUGAUGACCAAAAUCCUCCAGAUAUCCCGUUUUCUUCCAGACCCCAUGAAAGCCAUGGAGUUUUUACAAAAAUUCAGUGCUCACAUGAAGAAAGAUCCGAUGCUUCUGCAAGGUAUGGAAACUAUUGUCCGACCCAAUGUCUCUUGCAAAGAGUGCACUGAGACAAUAACGACAGUUUUGAAGAAACUCGGACAGCCAGUGAUGACGAAUCUCUACUACAACACCAUAAAAAUGCUGUUGGAACGUGUAAGCUCGGUUACUAUUGAUGAAGAGGCCAUCAGAAUACUUAUCGGAUACGUCGAGGACUGUCUGAAAGGCGGCAAUACUAUCGAAGAGAUCGGUUUGAACCCAAAUAACGCUGGUGAAAAAGGCUUGAGGCUUCUCAUGAUACUCUCUUUUGUAUUUGGCCCUCAUUUUCUGCACAACGACAUCCUGAAGCAGCUCAUUGACUUGCUUGCUCUGGAGGAUGAAAUGGUCGGGGCUCUUGUUUUGUCAAUUUUCACUUUUCUAGGAAAAUACCGACCUCUCCAUGAGGUAGCGUCGGAUAUUAUGAACAUAAUGGUCCCGAUGUGCAAAAAUUUUGCACUGACUGGCACUCCGAAGCAAGCCAAACAGGCAAUCCGCUGUCUGUUUGUAAACAUGACAAAUAUUCAUGACACAAUAUUCCCGGAAAUAAUUGAAAGAAUUAAGACGACUCUUAUACCGACUUCAGACCACUACAGAACGUCGAUAGUAACUCUGGGACACAUUGCGUACAAUCUCCCGGAAAAAUAUCAUGUACAAAUAAAAAAUAUGGUCUCGAGAAAAAUAGUUAAGGAGCUGUUGGUGAAGGAGAACAGCGAGUCGACUGCCAACUCUAUUGAAGGCGACUGGUGUCCGGAAGAUCAGCUACCAGAAGAAACGCGUUGUCGGUUAGAGGGAUUGAAGUGCAUGGCUCGUUGGCUUUUGGGCCUGAAGACCGACAAUUUGUCAGCUCAAAAAACUUUUAGAAUGUUAAAUGCGUUUGUCGUUAAUAAGGGUGAUUUAUUGCAGCAAGGACGACUGAGUCGUGCGGAGAUGAGCUGGCUGAGACUCCAGGCUGGAUGCUCGAUGCUCAAAAUCUGUGAACAAAAAGGUGUUGGUGAUCAGUUUACAGCGGAGCAGUUUUACAAUUUGUCCCAGCUGAUGACGGACGAUGUUAAGGAAGUAAGAGAAGCGUUUAGUGUGAAGCUGCACCGCGGUCUCGGCACGGGAAUCCCCAACAAGUGUCUGCCGUUAGACUUCAUGGGGUACUACGCGCUUGCCGGCAAAGAGCAGGACAAAAAGCUUAAAUAUCUGCUCAAGUCCCACAUGCAGACGGACAUCAGCCGUCGGAGGGACUACGUCAAGGCCUUGUCCAUGGGGACUGGAGAACGUGCUAUGGGACAGCUACCACACAUCCUCCCGGAUUAUAUGCUGGUGUUUGCGGUCCCGGUGCUGGCUCACGACCCGGAAUUCACUGACCACUUGGACGUCAGUCAGCUCAAGACCAUCCAGUCGUGUCUCUGGUUCAUCUUGGAGCCUCUCAUCACCAAAAAUGAGUACUACUGUUACGGGUUCUACAAGAACUUGAUCGAACGUAUGAAAGCUCACAAAGACGCGCUGAAACCUGAAGACCAUUAUAUGAACUGCAAGCUUUGGACGGUCUGUGAUCUUGCGAUGAAUGUUAUUUAUACCAAGACGACCAAUUUUGAUAUGAAGGAGUUCCCCAGCGAAAGCCGCAUCCCGACGAUGUACUUCAAGAGGUCCGAUGAUCUCAUGUCCAAUGUCGCUGUCAGCUACUUGCCUUCUGAGAUGCAAAUUGAUAUGACAAGUCCCAAGGGGAAAAAUACACUUCUUAAUUUUGUUAAUGACAAACCUGGCAGAAGGGCCAAGGGCAAACAGAAAGAAGUUGGAAUCGGACCUAAUGAAACUGAUGCUCGACUGCAUAUUGGAGAAAUGGAAUGUAUUGAUGCACAGCCUGCUGAAGCGUCAGAAACUAGAAUUCAACUGCCUGGCAUGGAAGAAGAGAUCAGUGAACCACCAGCGAAAAGGGCAAGAGAAUCAGAUAAAAAUAGUAAAUAAUUGUAUGAAAUGUUGAUGAGGAGAAAAGAAGAAAAAACAAUUGGAUUAUAAUGGGGAUUAAUUACUGUGAAAUAUCGCAGACCUAAAAAAAAUAAUAAGCACUUUAUAAAUUAGAAAACAGAAUAUUUUGGUUAUGUACAACAAUUAAUAUACCUAAGUCGUUCGCGUAUUCUUAGAUUGUAAGCUGUUGAGGAUACAUUCAAUCUUGAUCAAUCGAUAAUAUAUCAUAAUAUUAUUUUUAUUAUUUGUCUUGUAUUUUUUUUUUUUAUUGUUUAUAUUAAAGUUUGAUCAUAGAUAAGAUUGA